AUGGACCCACCCCGCCGCCGCGAUGUCAACAAGUCUUCAACAUACAAGUCAUGGAUGAAACUAUACAUCUGCGAUAUCACGGCUUCUUUAGUGUCUCUGAGUCCAUCGUUUGAUUCGGAAUCGACAUACUCCUUCAAUGGGCAUCCCAUUCGUUGGAUAUCAAUUGUGGGGACUGUCACCUCCAUCGACGAGCACGAAAAGAAGAUUCUGUUCAGUAUUGACGACGGCAGUGGCCAAUGCAUCAAUGCCGUCGCCCGGAAAGAUAGUAUGACAAGCAAAGACAUGCCACGACUGCAUUCUACGGUCAAGGCCAGGGGAGAGUUGGAGCUCUACCACGAUGCAUGGCAGUUGAAACUCACAUCGCUCGAACUCGACGCCCCGCUAGAGACCCAGAUCAAGUUCUGGACCGAAGCCAAUGAAAACCAUGCUCGUUUGGCAAAGACUGAUGCGAGGAAACGUUCCAAGCAUACCGUCUGA